AUGCGAGCGGCGUCGAGUGCCGAGCGCGACGCCAAAGAAGCCGCGUUUUGCACGGCCCCCGGAAGCGCAUGGCGCGCCGUCGAGCCCGCGCAUCUGGGCAUCGGCCCGCUGCGCCCCAAGCUCAGCACCAUGCUGAUGGACCACAUCCUGUCGCAGCUGCCGGCCAUCUUGGCGGACGUCGAUGCUCUCUUGGCCGAGUGCCGCCUGGGUCUGGCACGGCUGGGCUCGCCGCGGGCGACGGCGGGCGAGCAGCGCCAAUACCUGUCGCGCAUCAGCAGCCAGUUCUCGACACUGGUCACGGCGGCUGUCAACGGCAGCUACACCGACGCGGCCGUUUUUUUUGGAAACGUGCUGCAGCGGGCGGAGGAGAGGAAACAUACUGCUGACGUCGAAGGAGACGAAGACGAUGCCGCAGAAAAUCCAAAUACGUAG